GCAGACGGCUAGCUGUCUCCGCAGAGGCUCGGUGUUGGUCGUUUCUAAAAUCUCGGCUCUCCGUCCAGACAGCGUCGAGUUAUCGCUCCCACGAGCGGCCGAGAUAAGGGGGCUGGACGGGACGCUCGAUAAGACGUUACCCAAGAACGUGGUCAAGACAAACCCGUCGCCAUUCCCGCGGCAGCAUGGCGUUGAAUUCCAUCAGCACCGGCAUCCUGCAGACGAGGCUUUCUAUUGUCUGCUUCGCUAUGCGGUGUCAACUGCCCCGACGACAAACAAAGCGGGGGGCCAUUCGAUACUGGUGCGAAACUCCCGCCAACGUCAGCACUUUGCAGCAUCUACGCCCGCCACCGUGGCGUUCCCUUCGGCUGCAAUCAGUGACUGCCCGCAUCGUUUAUCUGCGCACUCAGGUCCAUGUGCGUUUCGUUGAGUCCCCGUCGAGCGCUUUGGCGAUAAUUCCAUUCGGCCUCGAACUGUGCAGCCGGUGACAUCGUCGCUUCUGACCAUGUCCGACAAGAAAACGACGUUCUCCGAGGACGGCCUCACGGCCCAACACCUCAUCGGCUCGGGCGAUGGGCUCACCUACAACGACUUCCUAAUCCUUCCUGGGUUCAUCGAUUUCAACGCCGACGAUGUUGACCUUACAUCAAAGCUUACCAAGAACAUCACUCUCCAAGCACCACUGGUUUCGUCGCCAAUGGAUACCGUCACGGAGUCUGAGAUGGCGAUUGCAAUGGCUCUCUGUGGGGGCAUUGGAAUCAUCCACCACAACUGCACCCCCGAACACCAAGCCAACGAGGUCCACAAAGUUAAGAAGUACAAGCACGGGUUCAUCCACGACCCCGUAGUGCUCAGCCCCAACAACUGUGUGGCCGACGUGUUUGAGGUGAAGAGGAAGCACGGCUUUGCCGGUGUGCCCAUCACCGAGAAUGGGAAGCUGGGCGGAAAGCUGGUGGGCAUGGUGACCUCAAGGGACAUCGACUUUAUCCCCAUCGAAGACCACAACAGACUACUCUCAGAGGUGAUGACAUCGCUGAAGGACUUGACUGUCGCUUCAUCGAAGGUCACCUUGUCCGAGGCAAACUCCCUGCUUCAGAAGAGCAAAAAGGGCAAGCUCCCGCUGGUCAACGAGGGAGGGGAGCUGGUGUCGCUGAUUGCGCGCACGGACCUGAAGAAGAGCCGCAGCUACCCCCUGGCCUCCAAGGACGAGAACAAGCAGCUCAUUGUGGGCGCCGCCAUUGGCACCCGGGAAGCCGACAAGCCCCGGCUCGAGCUCCUCGUCCAGGCGGGGGUCGACGUCGUCGUUCUGGACUCCUCCCAGGGAAACUCUGUGUACCAGAUUGAGAUGGUCAAGUACAUCAAGAGCAAAUACCCAGGCCUCCAGGUUAUCGGUGGGAACGUUGUGACCACCGCACAGGCCAAGAACCUGAUCGAAGCCGGCGUGGAUGGACUUCGAGUCGGCAUGGGCUCCGGCUCUAUCUGCAUCACUCAGGAAGUGAUGGCGUGCGGGCGGCCCCAGGCAACUGCCGUGUACAAGGUGGCGGAGUACGCCAGGCGGUUCGGAGUGCCGUGCGUCGCCGACGGCGGAGUGAGUUCCGUCGGUCACAUCAUCAAGGCUUUGGCACUGGGAGCCUCUACGGUGAUGAUGGGCUCGAUGCUUGCGGGCACGACCGAAUCUCCGGGCGAAUACUUCUUCUCCAACGGCGUUCGUCUCAAGAAGUACCGCGGUAUGGGCUCCCUCGACGCCAUGCAAAGCACCGAGGGCGGCGGCAGCCUGAACCGCUACUACCAGAGUGACCAAGACAAGGUUCGGGUGGCCCAGGGUGUUUCGGGCACCAUCGUCGACAAAGGCUCGAUUCACCGCUACGUGCCAUACCUGAUCACGGGCAUCAAAUACGGCUGCCAGGACAUCGGUGCUCGUAGCUUGGAUGUGCUCAAGGCAAACAUGUACUCGGGCGACAUCAAGUUUGAGAAGAGAUCUGUCUCUGCUCAGGCUGAGGGCGGAGUGCAUGGAUUGUACUCGUUUGAGAAGAAACUCUUCUAGGCACCCAUUCUAAGAGCCAAGUUUUCCUGGAGCCAAUCCUCGGAAAAUGCGAACAUUCCUCGAUCACGAAUUGCCGUUGAGGUCGCCCGAGGACGUCGUCCCGUUACAGGAUAAGUCUUACACGAACCGAUCAGGCCAGGGGUGCUUAUGGCAAGUUUUGUUUUGUGGGUUCCGAGGGUUCAAAUCAUGAAGUCUGUUUUGUUUUCUACAAGAUGUACAGCAGGCCACAUGCUUACGCUGCUACCUAGUAGUUAAUCACUUCUUCAAUGGAAUUCUACAAAACUGUUUUAUAGCUUAGGUUGUUCAACAACCAUUGUUUUGUGUGGUUACAAUUGUUUCCUCUCAACUCUACAUUUUCAGGUUGCAUUGCUCGAAUAAAAUAUAUAAAUAUAUAUAUACCUAUACACGCAGACAUUCCACUUUUUUUUUUUUUUUUCAGCACAGUUACAUUAAUUAAAGAUUUAUCUUGUACCCCGGUCAAUCCUUCAACGUUGAGACAUUGUGGUGGUUGUCAACCUUGUGCAAAGCUUAUUUUUGGUACAGCUUACUCUGGUGAUUUUUUUUUUUUCUCUGAAAUGUUGCCAUAAUUAAACUGCACUUGACAUAAAUGUUUGUUGUGCUUCUCUAGUUAAAAAUAUGCUACAGCAUGCACCAUUUUGAGCCAAACGACCUGUACAAAUCCAACCUCCUGUUACCUUUUUUUACAUGUGCAAAGCAAAUACCGUGCAGAGACAUUUUAAAGUGCUGGUAUGGCUAUGUACCCAGUUGUUUUGUAAAACGGUGCCAUAUAUAUAAAUGAAGAAUAAAGAAAGACUGCAGAAGGCUUU